UCCUUAUCUACGUUGUCUCUCUUAGUCUCUCUACUUUGAACUGUGAAAAUGGCAAUGGCGCCGAGCCUCUAUCUCACAUCCAAAGCCCUAAUACCAACCCCAAGACCCUCCCUUUUGCCUCCUUCUCUGCAACCCUCUUUCUCUACGCUCCGAUUCAACUCAGAGAUUCGGCCUUUGACUCGCUCGGUUCCCUCUAAGCUGCCCGUUCGAGCUGUGAACGACAGCGACUACUCGUCGAGGAGAAGCAGCAGCAAUGAGCAGAGGGAGACGAUUAUGUUGCCGGGCUGUGACUAUAACCACUGGCUUAUUGUCAUGGAGUUCCCUAAAGACCCUGCCCCAACUAGGGAGCAAAUGAUUGAGACCUACCUCAACACUCUCGCUUCUGUUCUUGGAAGCAUGGAAGAAGCAAAGAGGAACAUGUAUGCUUUUAGCACCACCACCUACACUGGAUUCCAAUGUACUGUAUCUGAAGAAACAUCUGAAAAAUUCAAAGGAUUGCCUGGUGUUCUCUGGGUGCUGCCAGAUUCAUAUAUAGAUGUUAAAAACAAGGAUUAUGGAGGUGAUAAAUAUGUUAAUGGAGAGAUAAUUCCUGGAAACUACCCUGUUUAUCAACCAAAGAAACGGAGAGAAUCAAAAUUUGAGAGCAGAAGAUAUGAAAGACGAAGAGAUGGACCUCCUCCUGAACGAAGAAAACCUAAACAAGAAGCAACUCCAUCAGACUCAGCAUCUGGAUGAGGUAAUCAGAAUGCCAUUUAUGCAAGCAAUUGUAUUUUCUUUUCAAGUUGUUUUUUACUAUAUUUUUCUACUCCACAGUUAGUGAACGCAGGACUGCAAAAACAAAUAGUACUUUAUUUAACUAGUAGUGAAGGUUAUCCAAUGGAGGAACUCAUCCAGGGGUGCACAUAUAUGUGCUUAGAUUUGUCUGGUGAAGUCUUCUUGUCGUCUGCUUGGAUAAGGAAUUUUGUCAUAUGAGCUUGUUGUCAAAGACAUAAUUAUUUGUGAAUUAUCUGGUUGAUCUAGGAUAACCUUUGUAAUAGUUUUUUCGCAUUAACACCGGGAAUUUAAGUUCAGUUAGAUAGUUGAGUUUAGUUGUACGGAUCUUUGAUUUAAUGUGAUUUUAUUUUCUGA